UAACCACUUCCAUUUCUUAUUUAAGUCAACAAGGUCAAAGAAAAAAAAACAUUUUCAGCUCUUGCAGAUUCAUGGCGACGCUUAUGGCAAAUCUACUGGUCAAGGCAUUCUUUGCUCUUUUCUUGAUAUCAGCGACCACCGCCGUUGGCGACUCCCCCUUCAUCAUCGCUCACAAGAAGGCAUCUCUCACCAGACUCAAAUCCGGCGCAGAACGCGUCUCCGUCUCCAUCGACAUUUACAACCAAGGCUUCUCCACGGCAUAUGAUGUGAGUCUCGUGGAUCAUAGCUGGCCCCAGGAUGAAUUUGAUGUCGUCAGUGGCAAUAUUUCACAGUCAUGGGAGAAACUUGAUGCUGGUGGUAUUCUGUCACAUUCAUUUGAAUUAGAAGCCAAAAGACAAGGGAUGUUCUAUGGUGCACCAGCUGUUAUCACUUUCCGCAUUCCCACAAAGGCUGCUCCACAGGAGGCAUAUUCAACUUCAAUCUUGCCGUUAGAUAUCCUUGCCGAAAUACCUCCUGAGAAGAAGUUUGACUGGAGGUUGCUGGCUAAAUAUGGAUCUCAAAUCUCUGUGAUAUCAAUUGUGGCUCUAUUCAUCUACCUGAUGGUUACCCCAUCAAAAUCCAGUGGUGUAAAAGCAAGCAAGAAGAAGCGCUAAGUAUUUGUAGCUGAGCUGAAUACGCAAAUUUUUCUUUCUGUUUGCAGUUCAAAAGGAGUCUUUUAUUUGUUUUAGAACAUAUUUGUUGGCGGAAUUUUAUAGUUAGAUGGAUGUUAAAUGAGUUUAGUGUAAGACGAAUCAACUAAUUCACACUUCUUAGGCCUAGACUUCAACUAAUAUAUUGGGUGUCAGUUUUAAAAUUUAGAACUUUUUACGUUCAA